GGAGGAGCAGGUGCUGAUUUUUGCCUGCCUGGUGCCGGGGUUCCCAGCCGUAGUGUCGUCCUGGGGGCCGUGUACACUGGAGACCCUGAUCAACCCCAGCCCCAGUGCAGCUGACGCAAAGAUAUAUCCAGAAGAAAUCACUCCACUCCUGCCAGCCGUAUCAGGGGAAAAGGUUGCUGAGGACCAAACAUGCUUUUUUCUUCAAAUACUGUUGAAAUAUAUGGUUAUCCAGGCCGCCAGCCUGGAGUGGAGGAACAAGGAGAAUCAGGAAACUGGGUUUAAAUUUCUCUUCACGUUGUUUCGAAAGUAUUAUCUUCCCCAUUUGUUUCCGUCGUUUACGAGGCUGACGAACGUCUACAAGCCUGUGCUCGACACCCCCCACUCCAGGCCGAAGCCGGUGUACGUCACGACAACUCGAGACAAUGAAAACAUUUACAGCACGAACGUCCCUUACAUGGCAGCUCGAGUUGUUUUUAUUAAGUGGAUUGUAACUUUCUUUCUGGAAAAAAAGUAUCUAACGGGCACACAAAACACUAAAAAUGGAGCCGAUGUCCUGCCUAAAAUCAUCCAGACCGUCGGGGGUGGAGCUGGGGCGCAGGAGAGGACACCGGAGCUGGACGGCGGCGGGGCGGCCGAGCAGGACAGAGGCCCUUCCAACAGCAGCACCCUGUCCGACCGCAGGCGCAGCAGCGGCAGCCUCUGCAGCGUCGACGAGGAGCACCGGCCGGUGUACGAGAUGGUGCAGCGCAUCCUCCUGUCCACGCGCGGCUACGUCAACUUCGUGAAUGAGGUGUUUCGCCAGGCAUUUCUGCUGCCUUCCUGUGACAUAGCCAUCACCAGAAAAGUGGUUCAAGUGUACAGAAAGUGGAUCCUCCAAGACAAACCCGUGUUCAUGGAGGAACCGGACGUAAAGGAAGCUGCCCAAGAAGAUGCUGAGAAGUUGGGAUUUUCAGAGACGGAUACCACGGAGGCCUCGUCGGAAAGUUCCGGUCACAAGCGGUCUUCCAGCUGGGGUCGCUCCUACUCGUUCACCAGCGCGGUGAGCAGAGGCUGCGUGACAGAGGAGGAGAACAGGAGCGUGAAGGCGGGGGCCCAGGCCGCGCUGCAGGUCUUUUUGACAAACGCUGCAAACGUCUUUUUGCUGGAACCAUGUGUUGAAGUUCCCGUGCUCUUGAAAGAGCAAGUUGAUGCCUGUAAGGCUGUUUUGAAUAUUUUUAGGCGCAUGAUAAUGGAACUUACAAUGAAUAAAAAGACGUGGGAACAGAUGUUGCAAAUACUCCUCAGGAUAACAGAAGCUGUCAUGCAGAAGCCGAAGGAUAAGCAAAUAAAGGACUUGUUUGCCCAGAGCUUGGCAGGGUUACUGUUCAGGACACUCAUCGUGGCCUGGAUCCGGGCAAGCCUCUGCGUGUACGUGUCCCGAGAGCUCUGGGACGACUUCCUCGGGGUGCUGUCCUCCCUCACCGAGUGGGACGAGCUCAUCAGCGAGUGGGCCAACAUCAUGGACUCCCUGACGGUGGUGCUCGCCAGAACCGUCUACGGCGUCGAGAUGACAAACCUGCCUCUGGACAAAUUAAGUGAACAAAAGGAAAAGAAGCAGCGAGGCAAAGGCUGUGUUCUUGAUCCUCAGAAAGGAACCACGGUGGGGAGGUCCUUUUCUCUGAGCUGGCGGAGUCACCCCGAUGUGACGGAGCCCAUGCGGUUCAGGAGUGCCACCACGUCUGGGGCGCCGGGAGUCGAGAAGGCCAGAAGCCUCGUUCGCCAGAAAGCAGCCGAGGUCGAAGACAGUGCACAGUCAGAAAACGCACCUGCAGCCGAGCCCGGGCGCCUGGCGGCAGCCGAGCCCCAGCACGUGGUCCGGAGCAGCAGCACGCCUGACGUCACGGGGCCGCUGUGCCCCUGCGCGCCUCCGGGUACCAGCGCUUCCGGUACUCACGGGACCGCGGGCUCUGGCCGCGAUGAAGCUGCAGGGCCAAAGGUGGAAAAUGCACAGACGGGGAGUUCUUCAGAGCCCAAGCCUGUUCAGGAGAACAAAGGACACGUGAAGAAAGAGCAUGAGGGCAUGACAAUCUUAGUCCGAAGAAGCAGCAGCCCGGCUGAAUUGGACUUAAAAGAUGACUUACAGCAGACGCAAGGGAAAUGCAGGGAAAGACAGAAGAGUGACAGUGUCAGCAGUGACACAGCCCUGAGCUACAGCACAGAGGCAGAGCUGGCCCUGAGCCCGUGGCUGACCUGUGAGGAGGACCCCGAACUGAGCUCUCCCACGGAUGCUGCGACUGACUCCGACGCCCGCCAUUGGCUACAGCUUAGUCCCACUGAUGCUUCCAACUUGACAGAUAGCAGCGAGUGCCUCGCCGACGACUGCAGCAUCGUCGCCGGGGGGACCCUCGCCGGCUGGCACCCAGACUCCGCCGCCGUGUUGUGGCGGAGGGUCCUGGGAAUCCUCGGGGACGUGAAUAAUAUCCAGUCACCCCAGAUCCACGCCAGGGUUUUCGGCUACCUCUAUGAGCUCUGGUACAAACUAGCCAAGAUACGGGACAAUCUAGCAGUGAGCCUGGAUAACCAGUCUUCUCCGUGUCCUCCCACCCUGACCCCUCCGCUCAGAAUGUUUGCGUCAUGGCUGUUUAAGGCGACGACUUUGCCAAAGGAGUAUAAGGAAGGCAAACUCCAAGCCUACAAGCUCAUCUGUGCCAUGAUGACCAGACGCCAGGACGUGCUGCCCAGCUCGGACUUCCUGGUGCACUGCUACCUCGCCAUGCACCUGGGCUUAACCAGCGACGACCAGGAUGUCUUAAACACCAUCAUAAGGCACUGCCCACCUCGCUUUUUCUCCCUGGGUCUGCCCGGCUUCUCCAUGCUGCUGGGGGACUUCAUCGCAGCCGCAGCCAGGGUCCUCAGUGCAGACACGCUGGCGGCACCUCGUCCAGAAGCUCUCACCAUUCUCGGGUCUCUGGUCUGCUUUCCAAAUACCUACCGGGAGAUCCCUCUGCUGCAGUCAGUACCGGAGGUGACUGACCUCGUCCCUGGGACAGAAGAUGUCAAGCAUUACCUCAUAAGUAUCCUACUGAAGAAUGCCACAGAGGAGCCAAAUGAAUGUGCCAGAUGCAUCGCCAUCUGCUCCCUGGGGGUCUGGAUAUGUGAGGAGCUCGCGGAGCGCACAGGCCACCCUCAGCUGAAGGAGGCUGUCAACGUCAUUGGUGUCACUUUGAAGUUUCCUAACAAAAUCGUGGCCCAGGUAGCCUGUGACGUCCUUCAGCUGCUGGUUUCCUACUGGGAAAAGCUUCAGGUCUUUGAAACCUCUCUGCCUCGGAAAAUUGCAGAACUCAUCGUGUCCCUGCUGCUCUGCCUCCUGGACUGGUGCAUGGCCUUGCCCCUGAGCGCCCUCCUCCACCCGGUGUGCACGGCGGCCCUGGAGCAGCCCUCGCCCCGAGCCCCCCUGCUGGACUACGUCUACAGGGUUUUGCACUGCUGCGUUUGUGGCUCGAGCACAUACACCCAACAGAGCCACAAAACCCUGACGCUGGCUGACCUGUCAUCCACGGACUACGACCCCUUCCUGCCCCUGGCCAACGUGAAGAAUUCUGAGCCGGUUCAGUAUCCUUCAUCAGCAGAGCUGGGCAACCUGCUUACUGUUGAAGAGGAGAGGAAGAGGAGGAGUCUGGAGCUGAUCCCGCUGACGGCCCGCAUGGUGAUGGCGCACCUGGUCAACCACCUGGGCCACUUCCCGCUCCGCGGGGGCCCGGCCGUGCUGCACAGCCUGGUCAGCGAGAACCACGACAACGCGCACGCCGGCGCGGCCGAGCUCUCCCCCGACGUGUUCAGGAGCCCCGGCCUGCAGCUGUUCGUGUUCAACGACAGCACCCUCAUCUCCUGCCUGCAGACGCCCGCGGACGGUCCUGCGGGCGGCUCGCCAGCGGGCGCCCUCUCCGACGUGCGGGUCAUCGUGAGGGACGUCUCAGGGAAGUACUCUUGGGAUGGGAAGCUGCUCUACGGCCCUCUGCAAGGCUGCUCUGCACGCGAGGGCAGAAGCCCCUCUCUCCCGAUCUCUGGCUGGCCUCAUCCAGCCUCCGGACCUCAGAAGGAGCUUUCUCAGGCAGAGGAGGGAGAGGAUGUCCUCGACCAGCUGCUGGAAAACAUUGGUCACACGAGCCCUGAAUGCCUUUUACCGUCACAGCUAAAUCUCAACGAGCCUUCCCCACCCCCGUGUGGGAUGAGCCGUGACCAAGAGAAGGAAAUCAUCGAGGCCAUCUUGCGCCAGAACGCCCAGGAGGACGAGUACGUCCGGAGAUGCAACUCCAGCUCCGCCAUGAGAGUCCCCAGCCAGGAGCAGCCGCCCGCCGUGGGGCCCCGGGGGGCCUUCUACUUCUGCAGGCUGUUGCUUGACGACUUGGGAAUGAAUUCUUGGGACAGAAGGAAGAAUUUCCAUCUGUUGAAGAAAAAUUCAAAAUUACUGAGAGAGCUGAAAAAUCUGGACUCCCGACAGUGCCGUGAAACGCACAAAAUCGCAGUGUUCUACAUCGCUGAAGGUCAGGAGGACAAGUGUUCCAUCCUCUCCAAUGAAAGAGGAAGCCAAGCUUAUGAAGACUUCGUUGCCGGCCUUGGAUGGGAGGUGGACCUGUCCACCCACUGCGGCUUCAUGGGCGGCCUGCAGCGCAACGGCAGCACCGGCCAGACGGCCCCCUACUACGCUACCUCGACCGUGGAGGUGAUCUUCCACGUUUCCACUCGGAUGCCCUCCGACUCGGAUGACUCGCUCACCAAAAAGCUCCGGCACUUGGGGAACGACGAGGUCCACAUCGUGUGGUCUGAGCACUCCCGGGACUACCGCAGGGGCAUCAUCCCGACCGCCUUCGGGGACGUCUCCAUCAUCAUCUACCCGAUGAAGAACCGCAUGUUCUUCAUCGCCAUCACCAAGAAGCCCGAGGUUCCGUUUUUUUGGGCCCCUGUUUGAUGGUGCCAUCGUGAGCGGGAAGCUACUGCCAAGCCUUAUCUGUGCCACGUGCAUCAACGCCAGCAGGGCCGUGAAGUGCCUCAUCCCCCUGUACCAGAGCUUCUACGAGGAGCGAGCUCGGUACCUCGAAGCGGUAAUUCAGAACCACCGGGAAGUCAUGACGUUCGAGGACUUCACAGCCCAGGUCUUCUCCCCGUCCCCCGGCUACUCCCUCGGUGGAACCGAUUAAAGAACCGAAGGGUCUCCCCGCAGGAUUUGAACAAGGACCUGGCCACCGAGAUGAGCCUCCGGGGGAGGAGCAGAAGAGGAGAUGUCCCUUCCCCACCCGAACCCCCUAACCCAGACUCUGGGGAUGCUGCGGCUCUGCGGGCGCCCUCAGCGUGUCUUCCUGUUCCCGGGCUUCUGAAGUGAGAGGAGCCCCACCAAAGUGCUGCAGAUCGGACUUUCCAGCUGGCAGUGGCGUCUCAUGUGCCUCGGGCUUUGGAAGAAGAAAAGAAAGGGCUCCCCCCCAACCAGCGAUGAGCGCACUGUCAUGUGGCGCCGGGGGUGGGGGGGCUGCCCGCCGAGGAGACAGAAGGUUCCGGGCUCUGGGGGAGGGUGGGGGGCAGCCGGCUCCACACCCCGGCCGGCUCCUCUCGUCUGUAAGCCCUCCCUGCUUCGCCCAGGGGCCCGCAAAGCUCCUGAUGUUGCUGCAGAGAGGUUUUCCCUGCCUUGGUGUUGCUGGUGCUUCUGUGAGGAUUCCUGCUUUACUCAAAAAUUUCAUCAUCGUGGAAAUUGGCUUUCCCUCGGGUCCGGAGCCCAGGAGAAGUUUUACCUCCCCUGCUGUGUUUCCUUCCACCUGGUUCCCGCCGCCCGCUACCUCCGGAGAGGCUUCCUGGCCCUGGCUGUGCCGGGGUGACGGUGAGGCGCCCAGCAGAGAGCGCGCAGGUGACCAGAAACGGAGGGUCCUGCCUGCAGAACCCCCCGCGGGUCAGGAAGCCGUCCAGGCGUCCGUGUGGCCUGGGCGCUGGCCUGAGACAGGCCCCUGGAAUGUGCAUCCGCCUCCAGAGGCCUGGCCCACGCUGGCGGCCAUGCCGGCUGCCCUGAGGGCCUCACACCCAGGUCCCGGCUCCCGGAGUGUCGGGUGACAGAUCCCCAGAAAGGGGGCUGAGCCCUGCUUUUUACCCAUUCAGCUCCAAGGAAGCCCGGGUGUGCCCGUUUUUUAAAAAAGAAAAGCUGAAAGUGAAAAGCCCCACCCCCCACGUGCGCUUGCCCGGCGCCCUUGGUGGGGUCAGCGAGUGUUGGGUGCAGGCCUCUGCUGGUCACCUAGGCCAUCAGGCCGUCUCCAGGGUGACAGCCUUGGGCUCAGAGUGCAGGAGCCGCCAGCUAAGGGCCCAGAGGGUCUCCAUGUGGGGGCUUCCCCGCCCUCCCCUGCCCUCUGCCUCCCAGCUCUUGCCCCCACCCGCGUGUACCCCGGCCUGCCGUGGCCACCUGCCUGGGGGUUCCUCCGAGCCCCGAGCCCCAGCACAGUGGCCACCUUCACUGACUGUCAGCUACCCAGUUGGUUUGGCUGGGACCUGACCUUUGCAGGAGAAACAGGCCGACCAGGAGCCAGCCUUGCUCUGGGGGCAGCGAGACAGGGUUGACAAGGCCAUUCCUGUGAGAAGGAGGGGACCCUGCAUUCUGGAGAGAGCUGGUUUCUCUGCUUUCCAGGGGCCUGCGGGUGGGGCUCGAGGCCCCCAGACCGGGGCAGCUGGAGCGCUGUCUGCACCAGAGAGAACCAGAGACGUUUCCCAGGCCAGCGUCGCUGGGGGCUCAGUGGUAACAUGAAGGUGACCGGAAGUGGCAGCGUUUUCUGUUGCCAGCAAAUGUCCCGAUUCCUGUUUUCCUCCGCACCGCCCCCACCCCCAGGGUGCAGCGACGUGGGCUUUCUGGCCGCACCGCUUGGCCCACGUGGCUCAGACUCGACACUGCUGUGCCGUCUGCUGUUUACAGAGCUCCCAGCCCUGAUUCCGGCAGGAGAGCAGCCCUCGUUCCUGGGCUCCGGAGUCCCACCUGGGCUCGGAAGUUACAGCUUCUGGGGGAAUGUUUCACCUUCAGGCUCUAGAAGAUCCCCCAUUGCAGAAUUCCUGAAUUUGGUCAGUGUCAGGACUAGGAAGGCCUAUUAAACUCCCCUGGACUUUGCUCCGUGGUUCCGUUUUCUCUCUAGGAACCAAUCUCCCCGACCUGUCGUGGGAAAGUCAGUUGUGGGUAGCAGGUAAGUAGAUCUUCCUAGAAUCCCUGAGGAUUUUGACAACCUCGUGACCCCAGGUGACAGCCAGCAGGUUCACGGCUACUCUCAGUAACAGCUUUGGCUUAGAGAUUUGGAACUGGGGAACAGGGAGUCUGACAACCAGGUUUGCUUGCAAUCACGUGGACUUGAAUCAUUUUUGUUAUUUGGGGUGGAAAAUUGAAAUGAUCAAGUUUGUUCUUUUCUCAGAAAAGCAAAUAUUGUGCUUCUGUAAUAAAUGCCUUUCAGCAAAAUUGCAAAAGCCGAGGAUCACUCAUCCGGGGGGGACCCACCUGAGUCACAGUGCUGACUCGUCACAUUAGUAGGUCAGCCGUCUGUAAAGAAAAAUGGCCCUAAUUGGCCCAAAAUGGGUAAGACUCGCCAGCCUCCAGGCAGGGCCAGCCCAGUCCCUCUCCUCUCUUUGCUGAUCUCCACCUAAAGCAAAGCUGGUGUUCAGUAGUCCCACUGAGUAGGUUUUCAUACUUAAAAAAAUAUAUAGUAAUUCCACAAAAUGAUGGCAUUUUAAAUAGUGAAACCUUACUCAGGCGUGAGGAUCUCAGCUUGGGGGAGUGACUAGCGCAGUGGUUAAGGCCGCGCUUGCAGAGAGCCAGAGGGAAGGAGGGGCUUCAGACUUGACUCUGUGCGCGGGGCUGAUGGAUCCGCCUCCGCCUCACCAAGGAGACGGUGCGGGUGUGCAGACACGGCGGGUCGCGUCUUCCUGACAGUCCUCGGGCGUGAACCCCGCGCUUCCUGUCCUGUCCUAUCUGUGUCUGGAGGUCUGAGGGAUUCUUCCACGCGCACUGCGAUGUCUCACGCGUGGCUGUGUUACCUUUUGUAGCUACUGAAGGGGGUCUGUUCGCAUCUGCAGGGAAAACGCAGCAGGAAACAGCCACGUUCUCGUCGCGCUCAGUAUGGCCCACACGUGAAACGGAUGCUUUCCUCUGUCUUCAGGUCUGCACUAUUUAGUACAUGCACAUAAGGGGAAAAAAUUGAGAAAUACGGUAAAUUAAGUUAUAGUGCGUCGUUUGAUUUUUAUUUUGCUUCUCUCGUUAUUUAAUUUUCCUAAUGCUCCACAUCUGGGCUUAGACGGGCCUAUCACCCACUUUGCAGGCACGUGUGGGCGGGGCCGCACCGCGGGGGGCGGGGCCCAGGCUCCCUGGCGACCGCUCAGACUCUCCAGUUUAACCUCUUCCUGUCUGAUUUACUGUGACGACUUAAUAAAGUAGAAACAGCA